AUGGCGACGGGUAAUUCGGUGGAAAUUGUUGGUGGUGCCGACUCCAAGUUUGAGGCUACAGAUUCCGAGAUUAAAGAUGGAUCUCCCGCGGAUGAUUCUUUGCAUGUGGUUUCACAGAAGCGGCAAAGUCUGUCAGACAUCUUUACGAUUUUCGCAACUGGCUUUGCUUUGAUCAGUGAUGGAUACCAAAAUAACUUGAUGACUAUGGUCAAUGUGCUUCUGAAGAAGGAGUAUCCCGCACAGUACACUACAGCUGUCAGUACGCGUGUUUCCAAUGCUUUGCUCGUCGGCGAGGUCAUCGGACAGGUUGUUGUUGGCUUGACUUGCGACUAUCUUGGUCGAAAGUUUGCCAUCGUCGCUACAACCUUGAUGAUUGUUAUCGGUGGAAUCUUAGCUACGGCAUCUCAUGGCGUUACUAUCGAUGGCAUGUUCUGGAUGUUGACGGUGUCCCGUGGUAUUGUUGGAUUCGGUGCCGGUGGCGAGUACCCUGCCUCUUCGACGUCUGCGUCUGAGUCCGCCAAUGAAUUGACACCCAAGCAUCGUGGCCCGGCGUUUAUCAUGGUGACCAAUUUCCCGCUAUCGUUCGGUGGUCCCUUUGCGGUUUCGAUAUUCUUGAUCGUUCUCAUGGCUUGUCACGAGUCCCAUUACAGUACUGUGUGGCGCGUUUGCUUCGGUAUCGGAUGUAUCUGGCCGCUGUCCAUCUUUUACUUCCGGAUUCGAAUGGUAAACUCUACGCUCUACCGCCGUGGUGCUAUCAAGAAGCAUGUGCCCUAUUUUCUGGUGCUCCGAUACUACUGGAAGUCACUCAUCGGAACUUGUGGCGCAUGGUUCCUCUACGAUUUUGUCACAUUCCCGAACGGUGUCUUCUCAGGUACAAUCAUUUCAUCCGUUGUUCACAACGGCACAGUCCGCCAAACAGCCGAAUGGCAGCUCCUCCUUGGCGCAAUCGCCCUCCCAGGUGUCUUCCUCGGCGCCUUCCUCUGCGACCGCGUCGGCCGCAAAAAUGUAAUGAUGAUCGGUUUCAGCGGAUACCUCGUCUUCGGCCUCAUAAUCGGCUGCGCAUAUAACAAGAUCACCAAAAUCAUUCCUCUCUUCAUCAUCUUCUACGGCCUAAUGCAAAGCUCCGGUAACUUCGGUCCGGGCAAUAUGCUCGGCCUCUUAUCCUCCGAAUCAUACGCUACCGGCGUCCGAGGAACCUGCUACGGUAUAUCAGCUGCGGUUGGUAAAGCGGGUGCAGCUAUUGGUACGCAGGCGUUUCAGCCCAUUGAGAAUAAUCUGGGAAAGCACUGGACUUUUAUCAUUGCGGCGAUUUGUGGCGUGGUGGGUGUUGCGGUGACAUAUUUCUUUGUGCCGGAUCUUUCAGGUGAAGAUUUGACGAUUCGAGAUGAGAAGUUUCGGGCUUAUCUUGUUUCUAAGGGGUGGGAUGGGGCGAUGGGUGAAGAUGAUCUGAGAGCUGAUGCUGAUCAGGGUAUUCCGAGUGAAAUUGCUAAUGAGAGCGCGAUUACAAAGGGUAAUUAG